GUUACUUGUUUAUUUCUACACGCAACUUCCAGAAAAACUUUUAUGAAAGUUGGAUACGUGCGACCGACUUUGAUUAUUGCCACCACAACCUAAGUUUGAAAAUUUUAUUGCCCAACUUGACUUUCAUGCGAGCUAAAAAUGCUCGAUAGCGAUAUUCAUACAUAUGGUCGUGUCUGGCGUCACCUAACAAGAGACUUUCAUAACCACUAUGAUACCAACUAGUACCAUCUCAUUAAAGUAGAAUAACAUCUCGCAAUCUCUUCCUGACGGCGCCCCUUUUCAGCAAAUUAUGAAACAAUGCGAACGGAGCGCCUGAAACACGAGAAUUGCCGUAAACAAAGCCGUUCCGUCAUGAUGUAAUAAUAAUAGUAGCGGGGUUGUAUAUGUACGACCUCUUUUGUGAUUGUGCGGAUUGUACGUGAAGACCAUUCUAUUAAUUAUGCACCUACAAUUAAGACUGAUCGAGAUUAUCACUCGAACGUCUUAACGCGUGUUCGUAUUCCUUUUACCUCAUUUACCGAUUCAAUAAUGGCAGUGAUUGUGCAUCCUUUGAACAUUUACAUGUGCCUCUUCUUCGUCAUCUCAGCAGAAAUAAUGCUUACUCCUUCUUCCCUUAUUUGUCAAGAUAUGGUCAAGUUGAGCCGAGAUAAGAGGGCGUAUGAAGCUCAUCGAAGCAGAGACAAUGUGGUAAAACCCUCUUCCGGGUCUUCUCCCAGUCGUAGCUCAGUAUUUGCAACAGCCAAUUCAACAUCGGUGGCGGCACAAAUCGGUGGGACGGCGAAGUUGCCUUGCAUCGUCCGCAAGUUCAACAACGGAGUUGUGUCCUGGAUCCGCAAGGACAUCACCCCUCCCACGAUUCUGACGGUCGGCUUAGGUCCAUACAUCGCCGAUGACCGUUUCAUGGUAGAACACGCUCGCCACCUCCAAAACUGGGACCUAGUAAUAAAACAUGUGCGUCCCUCCGACGCUGGACUUUACGAAUGUCAAGUGUCAACACAUCCUGCGACUAGCAUAUUUAUCGAAUUACGAGUCACAGAGGCCUCAGCGGAAAUCAUAGGCGCUCCGGAUCUGCACGUCCGGGCGGGAUCCUCGCUCCGCCUCGUCUGCACGAUUCUCCACUCGACGGAGCCGCCAGUCUACGUGUUCUGGUAUCACGAGCAGAGGAUGAUCAAUCACGACGUCGGCGUCUCGGUCACUAUCGACAGGACGAGUAGUGUCCUGCAGUUCCAGGACGCCGAUACGACCCACAGCGGCAACUACACCUGCGAUCCUGCAAAUGCAAUUCCUGCAUACAUCAAUGUGCAUGUCCUCAAUGCGACUGAAGAAGAAAAUCCAGCAGCGAUGUUGCACGCAAGCAGCAGUGGAAUUUCAACAGCGCUUUUUAUGACCAUAAUGCUAAUUGUUGCUAUAAAUAUAACAUUUUUAUUAAAUAGUUGAUUGUCUUCGAAAUAUUUGUAUAAAUUGUAAAUAAUUGUACAUAAUCUUAUAAACUACCAGCUAUACAUAACUGUAACUAUUCUAGGGUUCCAGUUCGAAUUAAUGAUGAGUAUUGAGACUAAAACUAUGUAGUUAUAACAUUUGCCUCAUUGUACCUAAUGUGUGUUAAAAUA